AUGUCAAACGGAGAACAAUCAGUAGACAGAAUUCAAGUCAAGAUCCCUCCUUUCUGGCACUCAGAUCCAGAAUUGUGGUUUGCUCAAAUUGAAACCCAGUUUUCUCUAGCGGGGAUCACAGUAGACGAAACUAAGUUCUAUUACGUCUGCGGUAACCUAGAUGCGAAAUACGCAGCGGAAGUGAGGGAUAUCCUCACCAACCCUCCAGCAGAAAACAAGUACAUCAAGUUAAAAAAAGAACUUAUAAAACGGUUUACCUUGACCCAGGAACAGAAGACGAAACAACUUUUGGAACGAGAAGAGUUAGGUGAUCGGACACCAUCACAGUUCCUGAGGCACAUGCGUACCCUAGCCGGAACCAUGAUACCUGAUUCACUACUGAGGUUUCAAUGGCUUAGCCGUCUUCCUUCAGCAACACAAGCCAUCUUGGUAACACAAAAGGCUGCAGACCUCGAUUCACUGGCGGAGCUUGCGGAUGCUGUCCAUGAAGUCAGUCCUCACCAUCAAGUAUCGGAGGCGUCCUUAUCAGCUCCCUCGAUGGAAGAAAUGAUGGAACGCUUUACAACCACGUUGACAUCAAAUAUUAGAGAAAUAACAGACAAAUUUCAACAAGAAAUAGCAGGAAUCAAAGAAGACAUGAGACGUCCAAAUUUCCACAAGACAUCAGACACAUAUCCACGUAGACAAUCAUGGCAAAGCUCCAAGAAUCGAUUUGAUCGCCAUGACAUCUGUUGGUAUCACUGGCGGUUCGGCGACGCAGCAACAAAGUGCACCGACCCUUGCAGAUUCAAAGGAAGCAGAUCGGGAAACGACCCAGGGAGUCUCUAA